UUCUCCCACAAUUGACAGCAAUCGCCAUCUGUCAUCUAUCCUGCAGUGACAGCAAACUGCAAGCAAAACAACAAACGCAACUUUCCUUUCGAUUUCUCAAAACGCAAGAUGUUGGCCCACAAAGGGCCCAUAAACUUUUGUGAUAUCGUUUAGUGUCCCGUUGGCAUUGCUCAGCAUCCCGUGAAGCGAACCCCAAAACUAUCCCACUGGUGCCGUGCGGUAAAGGAUCCGCCAGCAUGAAGAAACUCACCGGAACGUUUCGCAACACGCAAUGGGAUCCGUACCUGCUCAUCACCCAGAUCGUAGCGAUGCAGGCCCUGCUGUACGUUAGCCUCGGGACGAUCAUGUACGUGAUGGAUUUUUUCGCCGAGGCUAACCACACACUGGACCACAUAUUUGAGUAUCAUGAAAUACACGUAACCGAUCUUGGUGGACGAUUGGUUAUCGUUGCCUUCAUACUCAACUCCCUAGUCGGUGCCGGGCUGCUGUGGUUCAUAGUGAGGCGGACGAAGCUGUGUUUGGAUUUUAGCUUUACUUUCCAUUUCACGCACCUGGUGAUAUGCUGGUGGUAUAACGAGGCCUUCCCAUCGACGAUCGGCUGGUGGAUGCUGAACGCCGUCUGCACCGCGCUCAUGUGCGUGUGCAGCGAGUUUCUCUGCCUCAAAACGGAACUGAAGGAAAUUCCCGUCGGGUACACGGCACUCAACCAGAAGGUUGAUUUGUGAACGGCCGUGGCCGUGCCCGGACCAGGGCACGAAAGUGGUUUCCAGGAGUAGAGGAAAAUGGUGCGCACGUUCCAUAGGUAGGGUAUUUUGACGCCAUGGCUUCAGGGAUGUAUAGCAAUCCGGGAGGAGUGUAUGUGUGUGUGUGUGAUUAGUGCUGUUCGAUUUGUGUUGUGUACACUACUCAAGCUUUACAGGUAAAAACUAAAGGCUAAGAAGAUUUUUAAUUUAUGUUGCGUACUAAAACAAACAAUAAAGAAGGAUAUAAGCAAACGCA